GGGUUCGGGAACAUUACGACAGUUUAAAGUACUAACAAAUUGAAACAUGUCAAAAUUGAUAUCUUUCUUAUUUACAUUUGUCACGAUUGUUUUUGUAGUGUUCAGAUAAAACAUAUUUUUCGCGUGACGUUUUAAACCUUUGAUCAAUAAAAGUAUGGUAAGGCCGACAUAGAUUGUGUGUAUUCUAGAUACACCUAUGUACCCGGAAGAUAUGAAACCCUGUUUCUAUAUUAACAUUAAGUUACGUCAUUGCCUCAUAGAAUUAAUAAAGGAUUAAUCAUAUAGUAAUCAAAGAAAAUUUUCAUAGGAAACCUUUUUUGGACAAUAUGAAAAUACCGGAAGGAGAACAUGUGUGUUGCGCUGCCGACAUGUUUGAAUAUGACGAGACGAAGAAGUUGAAUCUACGACAGUUCCUAACACGAUAUAAAGACCAGUUUCCUAUGUUGAUAGUGAUAAUAGGUGGUCAUUAUGGGGAGACAAAAUUUGACUGUUACGACAAUUUCCAGGUAUUACGGAUCCACUGUUACACGGCUCAGCCACGUGUCAUAGCAGAAGACUCUAGACUGAAUCCCAGGUACCGGAAAGGUUAUAUCACCAUACCCGUGGAUACUUCCAUCAAUUACAGGGUCAUCAAGGGUCACACGAAACUUGGGAAUCCCCAGCCUCUUGGAGAGCUACUUGAGCAAAAUGACAGACUUCCACUGCUGGUCCAGAUGGCGUGUGACCCUCAGUAUCCGAUCAGAGUUGGUAACAACAGACACAUGGCACGAGAUUUUGGACACAUCAUGAUCAAAGAAAAAUACAUGGAACAUUUUUACAUGAUGAAUGCCAUCGACGGCGUUGAUUUAAAUAUGAACAAGCUUAUUUGUAUGGCUUGUCUAUGUGAAGAUCUAGAAGCCACGCCGGUGACCGGGUUCAAAUACGGAUCGAAAGAAGAGUUUGACGAGUUUUGCCGGAAACUGUCGAAAGAUGUAGCGGAAAGUGGCGAAGUUUAUGACAGAAGCAAAGGCAAUGAAGAUUAUUCAGAGUACUCGUUCGACGAGAUGCGUUAUUUGUUGCAGAUAUCUGAUAGCUCUUCGGGUCUGCUGACAGACGACAUAGAAGCGGAAGUGUCUGAUUCGGAAUCUGAUGAUUAUGAAGAAGUUCCACCCGAAUUACCAUCGAGAAAUCCAUUGCCCCCAAGGAGAUCAAGAGGAAAGAAAAAAGUAAUUAUUUCACCAGAGUCAAAUAAACAAACACCAAAAUCACCAAACAGUCCAAAAUCGCCAAAAUCGCACCACAAAGAUUCUAAAGGUCCAUUUGGGUUCUUGAAAAAGAAAAAUCGCCAUGAAAUCGAAAAUAAAAGAGAAAAAGAAACGAAACAAUCAAAUGAUGACUUUAUCCCACCAACAAGUAUACCAAAAUCUGAUAAACCGAAAGAGACAAAUUUACAUGACACCAUAACUGCUGCUGCAAAUGACAGACCCCAUGUCAAGAUAGCCCAUGCACCUAUCCCUGCUAUAAGGCCGCUCCCGUCUACACAAGGUGAUAUAAAGGCGGAAUAUGUAACUUUAGCCUCGCAGCGGACUUAUAUCAAUACUCAAGUAGGAAGAGCAACUGUCAAACCAAUGCCGAAAACGACUAAUGUGAUCCAAGAACAAACUUACUUACCAAUGGACAAAGGAGAAAUUUAUGAAGACGAAGAAUAUGAGACCUUUGCUGAUAUUCCUAAAAUGGAAACAAAACUGAGCUCACCAUUCACAGCAAACAGCAAAGUGUCUCCGCUUGUAUCUGAACUGCAACAUAAAAUUACCCAAAAAAGUAAUCAAAUACCUGAAGCUGAAGAAGAUGAAGAUGACAAUUACGAGGUUGUUGGAGACCCGGAUAAUGAAGGCUACAUGAUUCCGCAACAACUUACUCAUCAAUCACCAAUCACAUCGCAAGGACAUAACAAAAAUGGUCCAAAAGACUCUAAGGCUGGUCAUACUUAUGCUAACGAGUUUGAUGUUACGUCUCUGUCAAUGAGUGAAGUCAGCGAAUCACUCAAUGAGUUGGGACUUGACAAGUAUGCUAAAGAGUUUAAGGAAAACAAAAUUGAUGGCGAGAUUUUAGCAAGUCUCAGUGUGGAGGAUUUUACAAAGGAACUUGGCAUGAAGAAAUUAGAAGCAAUACGCUUGCACAAGUUUGCUAAAUCAGGUCAUAUUCCAAAAUAAUCCUAGAAAUCCUUAAAGAAGUGCUCUGUAACAUCAUAAAAAAUAUAAAGGACUUCAAAAUCAUGAAAUUCUGUCUUAAGAAGGCAUCUUUGGACUACUAGUAUUAAUAAUUUAUUUGUUAAGAUUAAAGUACUUGACGAGAAAAAUCUAUAAAUGGACGAUUACUGAAACUAUAUUAACACAAGUCUGCUCUCAUAAUACAAGUUAUAGGUUAAGUUUGUUCGUAUAUCUGAAAAACUUCUUUCUCCUCAUCGCUGUGUGUUUGAAUCUCGACGCGCACUUUGGAUUCUUUCAUGUGGAGAAGCUAUCCAGCUAGCUAACGGAACGUCGGUGGUUGUACUCGGGUGGCCGUUCGUGCCCGAAAUAAUGCACGGAAGGGCACCUAAUGCCUUCACUAGAAAGCCGCAAAACAGAAAAAAAGAAUAACACCAGUUGAUACAACUGUUGAUUGAUAUCGAAUAUAUGAACAAUGUCACUUAUCACCUUUAUAAAUAUUUUGAGAAAGCAAGAGUUCGAUGAAAUACAUUUUUCAUGUUUAAUAAUUCCUUAUUUUAGGAAAUGUAAAUAAUAUGUUUGUGAAUAAAUGAAAAAUCUUUUUCUUAAUCUGUAUCUGCAAAAUGCUAUUAUCUGAAGAAAGCAAUUUUCUUAUCGUGAAUGAUUAUUAUGGAUAAUCUUGUAUAUUUACAGAUUUACAGAUUAAGUGUUUUUUUAAAUGUCCUAUUUGUUAAUACACGCGCAAAUUAAAAAUUUCGUAUUCUUUUUACUCCUCUACGAGAAUAGGAAUUCAGACCUUCGGAAUUGAACGUGG